GAAGCGAAUAUAGUGUGUUAGUGAUUUUUUUCACGCACAUCUAAAAACUUUUCUCAAAAACUUUUUAAAUUAUUUAUAUAUAUUUAAUAAAAACUUUAGCAAUAUGCAGUUUUGGAGCAGUAGAAAAUGUCGCUGCUUAGCAAUAUUUAUGGUAAUUUACGUAUUUUAUAAUCCUACUGAUUCAGGAGCAGUGGAUAUGAAUAGUGAAAAUAUUGAUAUGACUUUAGCUUCGAAUGAAUUGGUUUUUCUCAACUUCUACGCCGAAUGGUGCCGAUUUAGUAAUCUCCUCGCGCCAAUAUUCAAUGAAGCUGCUGAUAAGGUGAAAGAGGCUUUUCCUGAAGCAGGUAAAGUAGUACUCGGAAGAGUUGAUUGUGAUCGCGAAACUUCGAUUGCAUCUCGUUUCCAUAUAACCAAAUACCCAACACUUAAGGUGAUACGUAAUGGCCAGCUGAGCAAGCGUGAAUAUCGUGGUCAACGGUCUGCGGAGGCGUUUUUGGAAUUUGUACGCAAACAGCUUGAGGAUCCCAUCAAGGAGUUCAAAUCAUUGAAGGAUUUGGAAAAUCUAGACUCGAGAAAACGUAUUAUUAUAGGUUAUUUCGAUCGUCGCGAUCAGCCGGAGUAUGAUACUUUCCGUAAGGUUGCUACAAAUUUGAAGGAGGAUUGUCAAUUCCAUGUCGGCUUCGGUGAUGCAGCUCAAGCUAUGCAUCCGCCUGCUGUGGACACUGACAGCGAUAUAAAGCGAGGCAACCCGAUUAUUGUAUUCCGUCCCGAUGUUGCGCUCUCGCAUGAAAACGAUGAAACCUAUACCGGCAGCUUGAAAAACUUUGAUGAGCUGAAAAUUUGGGUGCAAGAAAAAUGUGUGCCCUUGGUGCGUGAAAUUACUUUCGAAAACGCAGAAGAGUUGACCGAAGAGGGAUUGCCAUUUUUGAUACUCUUCCACAAACCCGACGAUACCGAGGCAAUUAAGGACUACAAGGCGAUUAUCGAAACUCAAUUAUUGGAUGAAAAACAGAAUAUUAAUUUCCUUACCGCCGAUGGCCAACGAUUUGCACAUCCUCUACAUCAUUUGGGCAAAUCGGAGGAUGACUUGCCGUUGAUUGCUAUCGAUUCAUUCCGCCACAUGUACAUGUUCCCAAAGUUCGAAGAUAUGUAUCAGCCUGGUAAACUAAAGCAAUUUUUGCAAGAUUUGUACAGUGGAAAAUUGCACAGAGAAUUCCAUUAUGGACCCGAUCCAUCUGGCAAUGAAGUGCAAACCGAAGUUGUAAUGAAAAUUGGCAAAGGCACUUCACCGCCUGAAUCGAGUUUUAAGAAGUUGGGUCCAUCGAAAAACCGUUAUACAUUACUGCAUAAGGAUGAGCUGUAAAGCAUGUUAUUAGGCUAUAGGCUAAACCCUACACACUCAGAUACACACAUACACAAGCAUACACGUUCUGCAAACACAUACACAAGCAGGUACAUACCAAUGACAGUGCUGAAGUUUAAUACCAAUCAAACCAAUUCAAAUCAAACAAUCAAUCUCGUAUACAACAACAACAAUUAGAAAUAUGUAUGAAAUUUUUAAUAUUAAUGUUGCUGUUUUGUUGC